AUGACAUUAACAUCUUCAAUGGAGUUCAUCCAUACAGCCCUCUUUGAAAGCAAAGAAUUGGAGCUCUCAUACACCGACCCGGAUCAGAAAUGGAUAAUCCGAAACCAUUUCCUUAAACUUCUAGAAGAUUUCCCAUCUUUUAUACCAUCAACUAAUACAUAUACUCAUUUUGAUGGUAAAACUACGAAUCUUCUGAACAUCAAUGGAUUCCUUCAUGUCUCAGAAUUCUUACCAGAAAUUCCCAUUAUUAUCUGGGUUCAUGAAAAUUAUCCUGUUAUGUCACCAAUGAUCUUUAUCCCAUCAAACCUAGAUUGCAGAAUUCAUAAAGAUCAUCUAUUUAUAGAUCAAUCUGGUGUCGUUACCCCACCUUACUUACUAAAUUGGGAUCAUUCUAGAAGCAAUUUAUGUGAACUUUUACACAAUCUAAUCACUCUUUUUCGACAUGAUCAUCCUUCCAUGCCGUCUUCAGUAUUAAAAGAAACAAUUUUAAACGAUCUUUAUGCAAAGAUUAGUCAUGAUUUAGCAGUUAGGGAUGAACAAAUUGGGGAUGAAAUCGAGAGAUUGUCGAAUGAACAAAUAGAGUUACAAAAAAGGAGUUAUGAUUUGGAUGAAAAAAUUUGUAGGGAGGAAAAUGAGCGAGAUUUUUUGGAAAAAAGGGUUAUGGAAAUCAAAGAAUAUAAUGAGAAAUUGUUUGAUUGGUUGAGAAAAUAUGAGAAAAUGAGUCCUACAAUGGAGAAUGUAGCAAAUCAAAUAUUUGGUAAGAAGAAAAAGAUUAUUGAUUGUUUGAUUGAAGAUGAUGCUUUAGAUGAUGUGAUUUGUGCAUUGGAUAAGGGUCUUGAUGAAGGUUUUGUUAGUUUGGAUGUGUAUAUAAGGGAAGUUAGAAGGCUAGCUAGAGACCAAUUUUAUCAAAGAGCUAUGAGACUUAAGUUGAAAACUCUUAAAUCUUGA